CACAAAACUGAGAACAAUCACACACAAGCAAAAAAAAAAAAUCAAUGUCACAGAAAUAAAGGCCGAUGCGUUUUGUUUGACCUUGGUUCGUGUGAAUACAGGUAGUUGUUUACAUUACAUCAUUUAUUGUGUGAGUCAUGGUGUGAUGUCAGAACCAAAUAAGCGGACAGCAGGCUCUUCCGCGGCAGUCUCAUGUGAUCAAUUACCAUCGUUUAUGGAGCUCUAUAGUGUUCAAUGAGAGUACCUGACGUGUUCAUAAGUGAAGCAGAGGAACCCUGACAAAGCGUCUAUAAAUGACGAGUCAGGAGCGAGAACGUGUUUCAGUGUCUGCUGGCCUACAUCACUUUGCAAACUGCUCAACUCAUCCUCUCUGUCCACAAAUGGUUAUUUCCCGGUUAAAACGAAACAAAAAACGGACAAUCCCCGCCCCUCAGACGGAGUUAAAAAUAUGCGCCGUCACCUCGCAUAACCUUCAGACGGAGAACCUGAAAGGAUCGCAGCCUCACUUCCUAAACAAAGCGAUGUCUGCAGCCGCUGUACUACAUCUGAGUCAGGGGUGGGGGGUGAACCUGCACAAGAACCAGCUGCCAGAUGUGGCCCUGAGCAAAACGGUUGCACUUAGAGGACUCAAUGAAAAGCGGAGCCAGCAGAUGCUCCUAACCAAGGCAAUGUGUGAAAUCUUCGUUAUCUUGGCUAAUGGUCAGAGAUGUCUGAUGCUCCUCCGCGCUGUACAGCUGCAAGUAAUGAUUGUGAGCAUUUUCAAAGAUGAAGUGCUGAAAAUGGUCAUCAAGGAAGCUGUUGUAGGAUAUACUAAGGAUAAUAUGAAGCUGCAUGUUGAUGGCACGCCACUGGACGACGACUCUGCACCAGUGACAAAAUACGGAAUCAAAACCGGCUCAGUUGUGCAGAUGGUGAUUAAGGUUCAUGGAGGAUGAAGGAGUCCAUCAUGAAUUCAUCUGAUUGCAUCAAAGUUACAGGAUACACCGAAGUAUAAAUACAUGUAAAGAGCAAAACUCUGAUUGAAGUAUGGCAUAUAUGGCUUUCCUUCUCCUUUGUGCUUUCUUCGAAUUUUAUGCCUCCUACCAUACCAGCACUAAUUCAAUAUUGCAUGGAAGGAAUAAUGAUUAAUUGGGGUGUACAUUUUUAAUGUAUUUUUUUUAACAAGUUGGUGGGGAUUUGUGCUCACAGUCAGAGGUGUGUGCGUGACGUCACAGAUCCACUGUCUGAAACUGAGGAUACAAACAAUAAGGAAGGAACCUCGUAAAAUUAUCAUUACAGGAAGAAAUUUGAAAACAAAAAUGUAACAGUACACAGAGCAACCUCCACAGAGUAAAUGCUGAGAAAAAAGUGAUUUUCUAUUUACUACUUCACGCAUUAUCCUUUUACAGUCUACAUGAAUAAAUACAUAUCACCAAAUGUCAUUAUUCUGCUCACAUUCCUCUGAUUUCUGUAUGUCGAGUGGUUUAUAGUUUUUAUGUCAGUGACAACAUUUGAAGACAUUUUGAAAUCAUGUUUGACUAAUUUAAUCUAAACUGAGCUGAAUAGCAUUAUGAUGAGCAUUGUGUGUUUCAUAUCUAUUUAAACUUUUUUAUUCAAAAGUGACCCUGGAUCAUGUUUUUCAAUCUAAUUGUUUAUUUUCUGUGACAUGUUUUGUUCUAUUAGCAACCACAAAAAUCAAGAAAAUGUUAAAUGCCUGUUAAAUAUGGAAGAAACAAAAAUAAAUCUGGCUUCCUCAUGGUUUGCUUUGACAAAAUAGAAGACUGUUUCAGAGGUGUCAGGGGGCACGGUGAAAAUGAAGUCCAAAAACUUAGUUUUGGGGAAAAGAAACUUUCUCUCGGGAAAUUUCCAGCUUAGCCUGAUUAUUGUACUAGUUUAGCUGUUCCAGUAAAUACUUCUAAAUCAACA